UCUUGACCUUCCCUUUCAAUUGGCCGGAAUCAGUCUGUCGUGUAGCUGCAAGCUACAUUCUUCUAAAACUAGUAGAAAAAUGCAAUUAUCUCCGCUGUAAAUGGUAUUGCCAACGAGGUAUUUACCAAAGUGUAGAUAUAAAGUCGUCUUUUUACGGGAACAAUGGUGAAGUACUUUGCCUGUGUGGGUCUUCUGAAAAGUUCCUGGGACCAAGUCUGUAUUGCUUUCUGGGAGCGAUACCCCAACCCUUACAGUAACCAUGUCCUAACGGAGGACAUCAUCUUCAGGGAUGUAACUCCCGGUAACCGUCUGGUCUCUAGGCGACUGCUGACCAAAACUAACCGCGCCCCUCGCUGGAUGGAGAAGUACCUUCCGGUUACCAUGGCCAGGCACGCCUACAUCAUCGAGGAUUCCAUCGUGGACCCCCAGAACAGAACCAUGACAACGCUGACUUGGAACAUCAGCCACGCACGAAUGAUGUCCGUGGAGGAGCGUUGUGAGUACAGAAUUAACCCUGACAACACCAGCUGGACGGAGAUUAACAGAGAGGCCUGGAUCUCGUCUAACCUCUACGGGCUCUCCAGAGCUAUACAGGAAUUCGGCCUUGCCCGGUUCAAGACCAGUGUUGCAAAGACCAUGAAAGGGUUUGAAUACGUCCUGGCCAAAAUGCAAGGUGAUACCCCAUCCAGGACCCUGGCUGAGCAUGCUGCAGAGAGGGCCAGGGAGACUGCUCUGGUAGCUAAAGACAAAGCCAAAGGCCUGGCCUCACAGGCUCACAAGAAACAACAGUAUGUCUGAGCUGCCAGUGAGCUGCUGAUAUGGUUAGGAUUAGGAUUGGGGCAGGGGAAGCUGAUCCUAAAUGUCUUCCUAGAAACUUUAUCCUGGAGCCCGAGGUGCCAGUGGGAGGAAGUAGACAUUGGCCCCUGUCAGACCUGCCUGGAUUCAAAGACUAUUCAAGAAUAAUUAACUACUUUAUCUGGGAUCGAUUUUAAGUAUUCCUGGAACCAAUAGAAUGCUGAAAACCCCUGCUCAUCUGGCACUCCAGGCAGGCUCAAGCAAUUACAAAAAAAUGUUGAAUAGUAUUUGAACCCAGAUCUGUUUGGCCCGAACUGCUGGACCAGAGUCAGAUCUUAUUUACCUAAUGAUUACAUUUGGAGGGAGGGGAAUCUGAUCCCAGAUCUGUGAUUAAGGUUGCAAAAUUCCGGUAACUUCCAGAAAUACCAGUUGGAAGAUUCCCAGAACAAUAUAAUAUAUAUAAUAAUAUAUUAAUAUAUAUAGUAUAAUAAGGUAAUAAGCUGGAAAUCUGAAAUCCUCCAACCAGGGUUUCUGGGAAAUGUUGUAAAUGCUUUGAAGAAAUGUUGCUACUCUCGAUGUCAAACUCCGUUACGCCUCUUAAAUGUUGCUACUCUCGGUGUGACUGAGCUCAGGACCAUUACAGUUAAAAGCUUGAUUUAAUCAAAAUGUGGCCGGAGGCUUCGUACGGAGGGUGAGAUGCAAUUACUGCUCCUCCGGAGGCAUGCAGAGUCUGAAUCAAACUCCGUAACGCCUCUGAAAUGUUGUAACAAUGCAAAGGGCUCACUGCCAUGACAACUUCCUUAACAGUAGUUCUGACUUCUGCAGAGGCUGUAACACAGUAAGCAGCGUACAGGCCACUACAGAUGACGUUUUGACCAUGCAGAGCUUUUUAGACUUUGUCUUCUACCACAAAGUGUCUAAUGUCACAAUAGUCCUAGCUAGCGUCCUUGUCUCCUUUCCUUCGGGACGGUACUCUUUAACAGGUAGGUGAAGUCACUGGGCUUCUUUCCAUUCUACUUCCUCCACGUGUCCGUGGUCUUAACAGUUGGGGUGUACAUGCUUAUCUUAAUGAGACAAACCUGCAGAAAUGAAGGUUACAUACUAGUAGCAGAAAGUGGCCGCGACGAGGCUAAACACUAUGGAAGUGGUGACUGUACAUCACCGAAUGUAAACUGACUGUAAUGGUUGGAGGCAUCGGCAGCAUUCGGGACAGGACGACACCAGUCUCACCCAGCAGGUGGUCUACUGUGCACGGCCGACGUUGGUCUUGGUCGGUCUUGUCUUGUACCUUUUUUUUAUUUUAUCGGGAGCGAGUACAAGAGCCUGGUUCGUGUCUCUAGAAAUGACUUGUGACUCGAGUUAGGUUUCCAUCUGGCUGUUUUUGUGACCAACUGAAUACUUUCAUCGUCUUAAAGUCUAACCACCACGAGGAUGUUGUUCCGCACAGUGAAGCAGGUCCUGUUGUCGUGGGUCAAGCUGAUCCUCGACCUGGAGGCCUACCCGCCAUUCCCGCCCAACUCAAAGGCUGUAUCCCAAAUGGCACCCUUAUUCCCUCCCUAUAUAGUGUACUACUUUUUACCAGAGCCCCAUAGACCCUGAUAUAAAGUAGUGUCCCAGAGCCCCAUAGACCCUGAUAUAAAGUAGUGUCCCAGAGCCCCAUAGACCCGGAUAUAAAGUAGUGCCCCAUAGACCCUGAUAUAAAGUAGUGCCCCAUAGACCCUGAUAGAAAGUAGUGUCCCAGAGUCCUAUAGGCCCUGAUAGAAAGUAGUGUCCCAGAGUCCUAUAGACCCUGAUAGAAAGUAGUGUUCCAGACUCCUAUAGACCCUGAUAGAAAGUAGUGUCCCAGAGUCCCAUAGACCCUGAUAGAAAGUAGUGCCCUAAAUAAAGAAUAGGGUGCCAUUUUGGGACUGAGCCUCAGUGCUCUCUUCAGCUCUUUAACGUCUUGUGCUCUUCUGUCUUCUCUGUCACAAGAAGCAUUUCUGCUGUCUGUUGUAAUUCCUUGACCUUCAUAUAGUUGUUUCUCACACUGUAGAUGAGACUGACUACAUAUCUUCAUUUACAUUUUUGUUUUAGCCUUACGAUUUUAAAUAUAUAUAUUUUUUUCAUUUCAAAAUCCAAUCUUUUGUUUCUGCUAGCUAGACUGCUCAAAAAAAGCACAUCUCAAAAGACAUCUCUUGAUUCAUCUCUUCGCUGAUAUAUUCAUUCAUUUUUAGUUAUGGCGUUUUCAUUGCUUCAAAUUUAAAGUUGUUACAAGUGUGAUGAGGGGGUCCACGUUGCUUGAAAGUGAACCUCGCUCUUGACAUUGUGAACAGACAAGAUUGCUGUUGACAUCGAUGUCUGUAUGAGGCAUGCUUGAAGAAAUUAGCUCCAGAAAGGUAGUCAAAUUGCUGAAGUUGUUAAUGACACUUAAAGAGAUCCUGUUUUUGUUUUUCAACCUCCCGCUUUGGGCUGGAUGUGUCUGUCGUUUCAUCAAUAAUGCUCGAGGGGUCGUUGGCACGUGGCCAAUAUACCACAGCUCCGUGCUGUUCCUAAGCCAUACAUCACAAAUCCAGAGGUGCCUUAUUGCUAUUAGAAACCGGUUACCAACGUAAUGAGAGCAGUAAAAAAUCAAAUUGUUUUGUCAUAUCCAUGCUAUACGUUCUGAUAUACCAUGGCUGUUUGCCAAUCCUCAUUCAGGGCUCGAACCACCCAGUUUAUAAACAUGCAGAAUUACUGUCUGACCUCAAUUAGCCACGAAAUCCCUCGUUUAUAACCCUUUUCCGCCACAUGGGCCAGCAAUUAGUUCUAGUCCGCGGGUUUCAGCCACUUGACAUUUUGAGUGACAGCUAGCAAGAUGCUAACGCAGCAGAGAGAGGAGCAAUGGCGUGGUGCACAUACAUGAUGUUGUACACAAUAUUCGGGGACCACUUUUGGCUUGAGAGUGCUCCUAUCAGAACCACUGGCUGAAAGGUAAACAAAGUACUGUUGAAUUAUUUGUUGUUUUUUUAAAUGAAUGCAUACAAAUUAUGAAUGUGCGAUGUUUGAGCAACGGUAUCGGCUUAUUGAUGAAUAACAAUAAAAUAUUUUGUUACUGGA